CAUGGGGCCAGGAUGGAGGAGAAGGGGUGUGUCCAGAAGCCCGAGCUCGGAGCUGGUUGAUGCUGAGGAGACUGAGGCGGAAGAAGAGGAAGAGAGGGAGGCAGAGGAGGGUGGGAGAGGCCUCGCCUGAGCUAAGGAGCGCCGACAGUGGCCUGAUAAAGGGGGAGAAGAGGAGGAGGAGGAGGACGAGGGGAAGAGGAGGAGGGAGGGGACGAAGCUGCCGCCUGUCAACGGGGGGGAUCAACCUGUGCUGUCAUGGACAAAUAUCGACCAAAGAGGCCGACCACCCUGGCUCUGUUCCCACAGCUGCCACAGGCCGGCACCCAGGACACCAUCAACAACAACUCUUUCGGAAAGAAGGACAGUUGGAAGGAGUCCCACUCGUCCUCUCCACACAUCACAGGGGAUCUAGCACCACCGGAUGUUAAACCAAAAGCAGAGGACAAAGUCCGGCUCAACACACGUCGCCCUGCCCCGAAACCUCCCACAGCCAAUGAGGCCAAAAGCCGGACCAACACUCAGGCGGCCGCCAACGCCUCCUCGGACGCUCGCACUCGUCUGAGGGACAAACAGGGGACGGGGGCCAUGCACACACAGGCCUCCAUCACCACGAGGAGUCAGAGGAGAGGAGCAGCUACAGCAGCAGGAGGAGGGAGAGGAGGAGGGAGAGGAGGAGGAGGAGGAGGAAGAGGAGCAGCAGCGAUGAGAGACAGGAGCCUGGGGGACGUCAAGGGGAAGGAUGGAGUGACCGCAGGGAGGGAGGAGAGGAGACCAGGGAGGCUGUGUGCGGAGGCCAAGGCCAAGGAGAAGGAGAGGAAUGUACAUCAGAGGCCCAGAGAAACAAACGGACUGAAGAGCCGGGGGGCCGAGGGGAAAGGGAGAGCAGGUUCUAAAGUGGGGAACCGAGGAGGAGGGGGACUGAAACCAAAUAACCUGCUGUCGAACCAGGAGGUUUACCUGCCGGCCAUGGUGGUCCCACGCACACCUGUAGCACCGAGGACCCAGGACAAGACCCAGGACAAGACCCAGGUCAAGACCCAGGUCAAGACCCGGGACAAGACCCAGGACAAGACCCAGGUCAAGACCCGGGAGAAGACCCAGGACAAGACCCAGGACAACACCCAGGAGCAAGGCCAAAGCCAUGACGGGACCCAGGAUAACCCCCGGGCCAUGUCCCGGUCCAGCAGUGAGGGGGGGUCAAACAGGAUGUCCCUCAGCUCCGACACAGAGGGGCCCCCACCAGGGCCCCCCCCAGGGCCCCUGCAUCCGUCUUUAUCCCACCGAACCAACUCUGACAUCAGAGAGGAGGACGGGGAGGGAGACCUGACUCCCUUCCGGAACGUCCAGAACCGUCCGUCCCUCUUCCCUGCGGGGGAUGAAAUAACUGAGAUGGACUGCACCAUGUCAGAGGUGGAUGCAGGGGGGGGACGAGGUAACCGGCACUCAGCUGUCACUCAGGGAGAUGCUGUGGCUGCUCGGACUCUGACAAAGAGCGGGACUGCAGCAGCGUUGAAUUAUGACUCAGUGAAAUACACGCUGGUGGUGGACGAACACGCUCGGCUGGAGCUCGUCCGCCUCCAGGACUGUUUGCACGGAAACAACGAGCACAACGACGACAGCGACACAGAGACGGUCUAUCAGUCAGCCAAUGAGGACGAAGACACAGAUUAUGAGGAGGAGAGGAAGAGGAGCGAGGAAGCAAGAAACCAAGAGAGAAGAAAGGAAGAGGAGGAGGCGAAGAAGAAGAGGUGGGAAGAGGACGUGAAGAGGAGGAGAGAGGAGGAGGUGAAGAGGAGGAAGGACGUGGUAACAAAGAUCAGCAGACAGUCCAAGGUAACGUCGACCACAGCGUCAGGGGAGGAGGAGCCUCUCGGAGGAAGAGGCGGAGCUCCCAGCAGCAGGAAGUUCCUCAACUUGUUUGCCAACAACAGCCACUACAGCGCCACUGGCGCCGGGUGUUUUGGUGUCUUCUCCUGUGUUCUGGACGGAGUGGAGCGACCGCAGAGCCACCGCGCCGUCUACAGGUUUGUCCCCCGUCAUGCGGAUGAGCUUCAUCUGGAGACGGACGACCCGGUGUUGUUGCUGAAGCAGUGCGAGGACCUGUGGUGUCAGGGUUACAACAUGAGGACCGGAACUACCGGCAUCUUCCCGGCUUUCUACGUCGUCAAGUUGGACAAAGAUAUUAACCAAGUACAGAAAGACGGUUGGGUAGAGAAGUUCCAGGUGCGAUUCCUGGGUUCGGUUCAGGUCCCGGUCCACAAAGGCCGGGACGUGAUGUGUGCCGCGAUGCAGAAGGUUGCAUGUAACAGGCGGUUAGCAGGUCAGCCUCCCUCGGCCUGUGUGCUGGAGGUCAGUCUGAAGGGGGUGAAGAUCAAUGUCCAGGACCAGUGUCACUCUGCUCACAGGGGGGACCAGUGUUUCCACUUUUUCCAGUUGAAGAACAUCUCGUUCUGUGGUUGUCAUCCAAAACACAGCAAGUAUUUUGGUCUCAUCACCAAACAUCCCGACCAACAUCGCUUCGCUUGUCACGUGAUGAUGUCAGAUACAACAUUACAUCCUCUGGCCGAGUCUGUGGGGAGGGCGUUCCAGCAGUAUUACAAGGAGCACAUCGGAUACUCCUGUCCCACUGAAGACAUCUUCAUCGAAUAGCACCUCUCCUCCAUCCUUUGUACUGAAUACUCACUAUGUGCAUGUAAGCCUGGUCUUACACCACAGACUGGACGCUGAUAUAUCUUCAUCAGAGAACUUGCAUGGUGAAUUUUUUUUCUCAGCUGUGACACAGCGAGCAUUUCCUCCCUUUGACCAUGUCUCAAAAUGAACACCUCUAUGGAUGGAUAGGAUCACACGAGAUGUCCCUAACAAAUGUAACAUAACCCAAACAAAUAUCUGAUAUCGAUAUAUUUUAUAGAGUAAGAUUACUUAUACGUAACUACACAUAAGUAUCGGUAGGUAAACUACGUAGGGAGUACGGAGUCAAUUUAAAGACAGAAGGUUUACAGUGUAUAGUCUCUGAAAGUGGACCCAGUGCGUAAACCAAAAAUCCCCCCCCCCCCCGAAAAAGCGACUUAUGAAUUUGAACAGUUUAUCAUAAUUUACUUUGUUCCUCUAUGAUUCUGCAUCAAUCAGCAGGUCGCCUACCAAAGUUUUAACCAAAUUUCCAAAUUGUUCAACAUCUGAUUGACUAGUCUGUCACAUCUGGAAGGUUCUGAUAAUUCAGUCCUUUCAUCCGAGACAAACAAACAGCUGGAGCCUUCCUGAGCGAAAACCUUUCCCAGGAUUCAUUGCGCUUUGGUUAACUGUUUUUUAAAGAGGUAAUGGCGCCGGCAGGCACUGACACGGCUGAUGCACUCAACAGAACAGUUAAUGAAGACCGUGUCCCCUGAAGGAAGUGGUCCAUGAGUCGAGACAUAGCUUAUGCUUUAAUUUCUAAAUAUGUAAAAGUUGGUAAAUCUUCUGUCAUUAAAUCAGCUUCAUUCUUGAAGCAGCGGGAAAGAAGAAUCUCUCUGUCUACAACGACGCCCCCUGUAGUUUCAAAGACAAUGCUUUCAGAGGAUAUAUAUAUAGAAAUAUAUAGAAAUACACAAAUGGACCUGCUUAAGUGUUUGCACAGACAAGGACAGAUUGAUGUUUCCAAAUAACAUAAAAAUAUAUAAUUCUGUGUCUUAUAAAUCCCCAGACUUGACAAUCUACUGUUGGAGCAGAUUGGCGUUGAGGUGCCUCAUUUCUCUUCUUGCUCCUUCACAUUCCUUUUUCUUCCCAGCGUGGUUUCAUCCACAAAUCCAUUAUGCAGGUUUUCACUACUGUUCCUUUAACUGUGUAAAAACAGGGGCCACACGAAGCUGUGCACUCCAACAGAACAGAUUCUUUUAGCUUUGACUUCUUUUGCAUUGCCUGCUCAACGGUCGAGUCAAUGUGGGAGUUUGUACUUCUCACUAGACGUUUAAAAAGAAACACUGCGCUUUGUUUUCGAAAGCUCAGCCACAGUUUGAGUUCCAACAGCCGUCAGAAGAUUAGCUCAAGCUACAUCGACGUUUUCUCCGAAGUGGAUCAAAUGGACAUAAACUCCGGUUGUGGGGUCCGACUCGUUCACACCAACAGGAACAUGUGGGGAACAUCCAGGCAAGGGGAGGAGCCUGUAGAGCAGCAGGGGUGGAGCCUGUAGAGCAGCAGGAGGCGGGACAUGACGUAUAAACUCUGCUGUGGAAAGAUCAGUGUUGUUGUUUACAGCUCAUCCACACCGGUGUCGGCCCUCAUCAACAAAAGAUCUGGAAUGUCCUCGUGUUUCCAAGUGGACGUCUUCAUCUUCUACGUGUACGGCUCCUCUUUCUUCAUACUGAGAUGUUUGUGUUCGUCCAGUUUCACGUGCGUCACGAGUUAGAAACCUCGUCAACUCGCUCACCUGCUCGUGGAGAAUCUUCUGGACAACAUGGACGACGCUCCUCGUAAACCUUCAUGAGUUCAGUGCUUGUCUGAAAGUGACGAACUCGCUGAACACUGCAGAGAACCUCAGUGUUUCAUCUCAUCGAUGAGUUCUGGUUUUUCCAACAACCACAUUACGCUUUUACCGCCUUUAUUUGUAGCGACAUCAGCAUGCAACUAUUUCCCGCCAAAAACUUUAUAUGAACCUGCCACCUCAGGAGUUGUUGGAGGCCAGAGCUACAGAAGAAACUGAAUAUAAGUAUUUAUUGAAGUAUCUGAAUUUGACUCAAGUGAUGCUAAUCUUAAAACGUUUUGUUGUCAGGUUGUUCUGCUGCCCCCAAGUGGCCAAACUAAUUUAGUGUAACUUUAAGAGCCAAGAUUUUAACUUCUUAACUUCCUGCCACUGACAGAGAAUCCACACACACAGUCCAACCACGUGGUGUCUGAGCAGCUGAACUCAAUGUAGAGUCGAAAGAAACGAAGCCUGAAAUGUUUUGUGUUUAAAAAAAAAAAAAAAAAGAAUCAGUGCCUUUUUAGUUUUUGUUGAUUUGGUGAAGAUGACGUCGUCGGUACAUUCGUAUAAUGACCUUCAGAUACGUCUCCAAUCGAAACACGUACCACGGAUCAUCGCAUUCACACGAGUCGUCUUGUAACAGGAUAUGAGUUGGUACAUCUAAGAUGGCUGCCAUGGAAUAUUUAAUGAUAAACUGCAGAGGUCGAUGUGCUGCUAUAGAUUCACACUGCAGCUAUUUUCCUCUGAUCUACAAAUGUAUAGAAUUGAUCAAUUUCACAUUUACGACAAAGUUCAAGUUUUAUUGGCAUAUCAAAUUUUUAGAUUUCCAAAUUAAAGUCUUAAUUUUAUGGAGAAGUUGUAAUUAUAUGACAAUAAAGUAAUUAUUUUUGGUUUUGUUGGAUAUAAGAAGAUGUUGAAUGAAAAAGAAGAUGUAAAGUAAUUUUGAGAUUUUUAGAUGAAAUUCAUAAUAUUAAGAGAAUGAAGUCAUCAUCUAGAAUAAAGUCACAAUUUUAGGCUACGUGUCAUUUUUUGGGAGAAAUAUAAGAAGAUCUGAGAUUGAAUAUUCAGGCCAAGUUGAAAUUAAAAUAAUUUUGAGAUGUUAAUGGGAUUUUUUUUCUCUUCUAACAUUGUGACUUUAUUCUCAUAGUUGUUUGACUUUAUUGUUUAAAUCUCAGAACAACAUUAAUUUCAUGGUAACUUUUUGUCUCAUAAUUUCACUGCAUUUGUAGAAGAAUGGUUGAUGAAGGACAAAAUGCUUCAUACUUGUACAUUUGGCAUGAAGCUGGUUCAAGGUAGUGAAAAUCUUUACAAAGCAUCUGUAGCAUCUGGACCUUCUUCAUACUUAAUAAUUACCAUUCAUCGCCUUUCAGAGCUUUUCUGCCUUCUAUUCAUUUCCAACAAUAUGAGACCACUCACUCAUGUAACAUGUGUUUGACAUGAGACGUUAAGAUGUUCACUAUGAUGUGAACUGAAAGUUUCGGGUGAUUUUCAUCAUGUGAUUGAAAAUCAGGAAAAACAAACUAAAGAUUUUUUUCCGUCGUCGUGUCACUGAGCCUUUCCAGUGGCCGACCUUUGACCUUUAGAGACGCCUCUGAUAAUAAACCCAGUUUCGUUUCCAUGUCUGAUCUGAGGUGCACGUUGUUCUGAUCCAGCAGAAAGUGUCCUUCCUCCGAGCUCCACUCACCACGAGGACCCACUGUACUUAACUCAUCCACAUAGUUAUAUAUCCUGUAUAGAUACUGUAUGUAUGUACGUUUGUAUAGGAGUUAUUAUUGUAUGCUGUUGGUAUUAACCAAGUCCUGGGUGUGACACCGCAUGAUAUCGAUGUUGUAAAAUGAAGACAAGUUGCACCGGCUGCUGAGUGAUGGUGGUUCUUCUUCUCAAUAAAUCACCUUUACACAUAAAA